CUUAAUUGCGCUCUCAACCGACACUCAUCCAUCUUCAAUCCACAACCAUCCAAGAUGUCUACAAUCUCAAAGAAAGACCCUUCAGCUCGCGACUCAACAUCUCACCCAGCCUCCUACAACCCUCAAACACCUACCACCCAAUCCCGCAACACCUACUCCCCCUUCACCACCUUCCCCUUCCGUACAUGGCACGCCAUACCCGGUCUACCUCAAUUGAUCGUGAACUUGCGUUCUUGGGCUGGUUACGCUGUUCAGUCUGAUUCCGUUGGGUGUUUUCAAGACUCUGGCAUCGGCGCCGCCCUUGUCCAAGAAUACGCCAACGAACACACCCACCUCAUCCUCCUCGCCCGCUCAAAGGACCGCCUUUCCGAAGUCUCAUCCACAGCCCACAAACUCGGCGCGACUGUCAACACCCACUCCCUCGAAUUCCUCGAACACGACCAGAUUGUCGCCCUUAAGGAGUUACUCGUGAAGGUUGAUAGAGAGUAUGGCGGGAUCGAUAUCGCGAUCUCCGUUACGGGAAUCACGGGACACCGCGAAGACGUCGUAGGACGUCGAGGACCCACGAAGAGCGCAGAUGAGUCCGAACCUUUGUUGAGAGAGAGCUACGCCCACAUCACACAAGGCUCAGAAUGGGGCGCGACAACCGCCGAACGCAUGAUCCGCGUCAACGUCGAAGCCUGCUCCGCAUUCAUCCUAACCUGCUACGACCUCAUGAAAUUACGACAAGCCAAGCACCUCCCCCACAACAAAAAGAGAACGACGAGGAAGAUCGUUAUCGUGGCGAGUAGUGCGGCGUAUUUCGCUCCGGCCAAUUUUGCGCUCUACGCAGCGAGUAAGGCAUUCUUGUACUCGUUGGGGGUGUCACUCGUGUCUAUUGCCGCGCCGUUCGAUAUCCAGGUCACUACGGUCACGCCGGGGUUCAUCGAGUCGGGUAUGACGCAGACAAUGCUCGCGACGGGUAUGACGACGCCUCAUCCCACGCUCGGACAUCCUCAAAAGAUGGCACGCGCAAUCAGGAGGGGGGAAGAGAGGGGUGAUGUUAUGGUUGCUUGGCCUGUCAUCGAAGUCGCGGGGUUGUUUGGAGCGAGGGCGUUGAGUCCGUUGGUUGAAGUUUUGGGAAGGUGGAUUGGAAUGGCGACGGGCAGUGCGGGUUGGGUGUUGUCAUGAACUGCCAUAGUCGUUCUUGGACGGCGGAGGAAAUGAGUUAUGAUGCAGUAAGUCCAUUCGUAUAGCUAGCAUACAUAGCAAAACAUUGGGUAUCCCUAUCUUCAACACAUAUUCCGAAAC